GGAAAUAAUCCCUAACGGAGAGCAGCUUUCGUGCAACCUCAUCAAUCUUCAUUCGCUCUCUCGGCGAUUCUUCUGCGCAAGCCACCCCGAUUUCCAGCACUGAAACGAAGCAGUAAUUUCUAUGCUGCAAAGCGGCGGUCCUUCUUAUCGUGGGCAUUACAUUCCCAUCCUCUUCUUCUUCUUCUUCGAUUUCAUCCCUGUCCUCUGCUUCGGCUGCGUCCCUGUCCUCUGGUGAAUACAGUUUUGGGUCCAACACUGAAUAUGUAUCAUUCGGCAGAGCAGCUUUCACAGCGUCGCGCAGGUUCAGCCACCCGGCGCCGCCACCACCGCCGAACAUUUCAUCAGUUGGCCUUUUUCGGGACAUCAUUUCCAGCACAAGGAUUCCGUAGCUGUAAACAUCCCCUUCCUUUGUACCAGUCGUCGCACUCAUUCCGUACUCUGCAUUGUCAAUGGCGGUUUCAGCCGAUGAAAGUUUUACUGAAUUGUGUGAUUCAUUACUCAAGAAACUAUGAUGUGAUAACGAGCUGUGAUGAUCAGCUUCGACCGACAGAAGCUUGGCGAGACCGAAAUCGCUUACAUGAGCUACCAUGUCCGCGUCCAGUAAGACAUUGCUGGGUUUCAAAUCACAGUGGAUGAUGGAUCCUCCUCCAUUGAGUUCGUGAAGGUAGUGCAGUGCAGUUGCUACAUCCAACGCGAUGUUGAUUCGUUGUAUCAUGCUUAAGUUGGG